AACGCAAAUAAGGACAGUAAUCACGUGGGUUUAUGCUGCAUACGUGUACCUGUAACUAAAAUGUGAUUGGUUCAUACAGCUGUCUGUCUUAGUGAAGCCCCGCCUCUUUCUGAAACCAGUCCAGUGUGUGUAAGGAUGCUUAAACAGUCCCCAGCCAACCUCACACCAACCUCAAUCUGAUAAAAGAGAAGGAAUCAUUAAACCUCUGCUGCACCUGAGGGUCUUUAACUUCUGGUUGUAAGCGCGCGUCCCAUGGAGAGCUCCCUGUCGGCUGGACGCACUAGGAGAACCUCGUCCCUGGGCAGGCUUUCAGAUCAUGCCAGUAAAGAGAACGGGACGAGAAACAGUACAGAUGAGUUUCAUGACAGACCGCCUGUACCGACCUUACUAGGUUAUGAAGUCAUGGAGGAGAGGGCAAAGUUUACGGUCUACAAGAUCUUGGUGAGGAGAGCGCCCGACGAGAGCUGGGUGGUUUUUCGGCGCUACACCGAUUUCUCCAGGCUCAACAACAAGCUUAAAGAGAUGUUCCCCAAAUUCAAACUCUCUCUGCCUCCCAAGCGUCGAUUUAAAGACAACUACGACAUGAACUUUCUAGAGGAGAGACAAGUGGGCUUGCAGGCUUUCCUCCAGAAUCUGGUCGCGCAAAAAGACAUGACUGAGAGCGAUGUAGUGAGAGGGUUCCUGUGCUUGGACGACCCACCCGGUCCCUUCGAUAGCCUGGAAGAGAGCAAGGCCUACUGCGAGACUCUAGAGGAGACAAACUAUCGGCUGCAGAGGGAGCUGCAGGACAAGCAGCGGGACAUAGAGUCUCUUAGACGCAUCUUGGAGGAUCGAGAGCUGCAAAUCGUCCAGCUGGAGAAAACCAAAAAUAGUGUCUGCGGUGAGUUAAGUGAAGUCCACACAAUGUCUACAGAGACCAUCAAAGUAGAAGCUGCGACAGUAUCAGGGAGAGACGAACAGAGCGACCUGGACGGCAGUUUCAUGCUCCAUUUGGCAAAGAGAAGCCACGCAGCAUGCUGGAGCUGCUCAGCUUCAGAAGACAACGACCGUGUGAGCUUCUCCAGAUCAACAUGUCUUCAGGACCAGGCUUAGAAAUUCCGUUGCCUGUGUUCAGGAAAGGAUGCAUUUGUAUUCUUGGAAAAUUCGUGUAAAGAGUCAACAGAUCUAAACAACUUGUUUGUUUGUUUGUUUGUUUGUUUUUUAAUUUGGCAGGAACAUGUUAGUGUGGGCUGGGAUGAGGAUGAUUUUACGGAAUACAUAUUCCAAACAGUGCCUUUUUUUCUUUUUUUUAUUCAGAAAACUGCUACACAGCACAUCUUUAAAAGUCAACAUUAGGUAAUCUGUUUUAGUGAAUUUUCUUGAAAAGCAGAAGAGUGUUUUUCUGUGUGUUUAUUAAUAUAUUCCUAUAAGGGUUUACAUAUUA